GAGUUCGCGACAGACAUUGCUGCGGUAUAUCCGAAGAAGAAUAUCACUCUGCUUCAUUCGAGGAACAGGCUGCUUCCUCGGUUUGAUGAGGGGACGCAUCUUGAGAAUACUUCGACUCACCGGGCCAUAGUUCUCCAGUCCACGGAAUCUCUGGGUAUUGAGGUAAUCCUCGGCGUGCGUCUAGACAUGCCCUUCGCCGAUAAAUGCAACGAGCGAGAGCAGCGCAUGGUGAAGACCCUGUCGGGGAGAGAAAUUGUCGCCGAUCUAAUAUUACUUUGCACUGGCCAAAAGCCGAAUACCGUCUUGCUCAAAGACAUGAACCCUCACACUAUCGACGUCAAAACAGGAUUGGCGCAGAUCUCGCUAGACGGAAGGUCCGACCCCGGACAAGACCAAGGGCAGGAGACUACUCAAUAUCCGCACAUAUUUGUUAUAGGAUAUGCUACAGACGCUUUCGGUGCCAUCAAACCUGGACAUAACGCCUAUUUCCAGGCUUCAGCGCGGAAUGUUCUUAGACUUAUCAAUGGCAGCGAGAAGCCGCUAGAGCUAUAUACGCUUGGUUCGCCGACUAUCAAAGUCUCGUUGGGAGUUACCAAGGGUGUGUACCAGAUAGACGGUAUCAUUGGUGUGAAUAAUGAUGGCGUUGAGGACUUGCAGGCUUCUGCUGUAUGGGCGUAUUAUGGUAUUCGAGUGGAAGACGAGAAGGAGAUGUAUGAUUAG